AUGCAUCUCAUGGUGAGUAUCUUCCUGGUGAGGGUGAUCGGCAUCCUGGUGGAGUCCUACCUGACGCUGCGAUUCGUGAGCCCGACGCUGUACUUCGUGGGCCUGGUGGAGUCCUACAUGGUGCUGUGCUUCGUGAGCCCGACGCUGUACUUCGUGGGUCUGGUGGAGUCCUACCUGGUGCCAUACUUCGGGAGCCUGGCGGGGUUCUACUUGAUGUUGUGCUCCGUGAGCCCGACGCUGCACUUCGUGGGCCUGGUGGAGUCCCGCCUGCUGCUGUACCUCGUGGGGCAGGCGCUGCACUUCGUGAGCCUGGGCACUCGCCGGCGGCAACGCCCGCGCGCGCAGUCCUGCCUGCUGCUGUACUUCGGGAGUCUGGGGCUGUACUCGAUGGACCCGGCGGAGCCUUGCCUGUACUCCGGGAGCCUGGCGCCGUACACCGGGAGAGCCUGGCGGUGGCCCGCCCGAUGCCGCACGUGGGAGGCCUGGCGCUGUAUUCCGCGAGCCUGGUGGAGGCCUGCCUGCUACUGUGCCUCGUGGGUCUGGCGCUGA